GUCCUCACGUUUCGCGUGCGCCGCGUCCCCUCCCCUUCGAGAGCGCGCGCCACCCGCCCUCGCGCCGGGUCCCGCUCGGUGUCUCAGGGAGCCGCACACUCCGCGGAGCUCCAGUCACGGCGGUCGCCUCAGCCGCGGCUUCCCACAGCCCGGAGGCUCAGCUUCGGCGCCCCACGCCGCCCGCCGCGUCCCAGGCCUCCCCUUUUCCCCUCGGCCACUCCCCCCCCAUUCCCUUUCCCGCCCUUCUCACCCAACUGGGCCCGCCGAGGGAGCCUGGGUUCGAAGCAGGCGGGCUGGAGUCGGGGCUUGGAAAGAUGGAGGUGCCGCGCCUGGAUCAUGCCCUCAGCAGCCCCACCAGCCCCUGCGAGGAGGUGAUCAAGAAUCUCAGCCUGGAGGCCAUUCAGCUGUGCGACCGGGACGGUAACAAAUCACAAGACAGUGGUAUAGCAGAGAUGGAAGAACUUCCUGUACCACAUAAUAUAAAAAUAAGCAAUAUUACAUGUGAUUCAUUCAAGAUUUCAUGGGAAAUGGAUUCAAAAUCAAAGGACCGUAUUACACACUAUUUCAUUGACCUCAACAAGAAAGAGAACAAGAACUCCAACAAAUUUAAACACAAGGAUGUUCCAACAAAAUUGGUGGCAAAAGCUGUUCCCUUGCCUAUGACUGUUCGUGGACACUGGUUUUUAAGCCCAAGAACUGAAUAUACAGUAGCAGUGCAGACUGCCUCAAAACAAGUUGAUGGUGAUUAUGUUGUUUCUGAAUGGAGUGAAAUUAUAGAAUUCUGUACAGCAGACUAUUCAAAAGUUCAUCUAACACAACUGUUGGAGAAGGCUGAAGUGAUUGGAGGACGUAUGCUUAAGUUUUCUGUUUUUUAUCGUAACCAGCACAAAGAAUAUUUUGACUAUAUUAGAGAACACCAUGGGAAUGCUAUGCAGCCCUCAGUCAAGGAUAAUAGUGGUAGCCAUGGCUCCCCUAUCAGUGGAAAAUUAGAAGGCAUCUUCUUCAGCUGCAGCACUGAAUUCAAUACUGGGAAGCCACCCCAGGAUUCACCUUAUGGAAGAUACAGGUUUGAAAUUGCAGCAGAGAAACUUUUUAACCCCAAUACUAACUUAUACUUUGGGGACUUCUACUGUAUGUACACUGCUUACCAUUAUGUGAUUCUUGUUAUUGCCCCUGUGGGAUCACCAGGAGAUGAAUUUUGUAAGCAGCGCCUUCCUCAACUAAAUUCCAAGGAUAAUAAAUUUUUGACCUGUACAGAAGAAGACGGGGUACUGGUUUACCACCAUGCCCAGGAUGUCAUUUUAGAAGUCAUUUACACUGACCCUGUGGAUCUUUCUCUGGGCACCGUGGCAGAAAUUACUGGUCAUCAGCUCAUGAGUUUGUCUACUGCAAAUGCAAAGAAAGAUCCCAGCUGCAAAACCUGUAAUAUAAGUGUUGGACGUUAAUGCCCACUUUUCUUAUUCUUACUCAGUCCCUUGUCUUCCCCUAGGAGCAUUGAUCCUCUGUUGUUCAUUUUUAUCAUCAAAUGUUUUCCAUGAAGCAUGCACAUGCCGCUGUCACCAAAAGCAAACCACCACUUUUCAAAUUUCAUCAGAACCAUUUUAGUGUUUCCUAUUCCCCACUCUUUCCACUACUUUCAGUGAUGGAAUAUCCUAAGUUCUCCUUCUGACACUUUAUUUGCCUAGAUGCUGCAAAGUUUUUAUUUUUCCUUUAUGCCAAACAUAACAAAACAAUUAUAUAGGCCGCUUUAGCAGAACACAAAAUAAUGGCUUAUAAAUGGUGUUUAAAUAUGUGUUCAUUUUAAUCUACUGAACAAAUUCUGGGAUAACUCCAAAUCGCAUGAAAGGGUGUAAUUGCAGCAUGAGUUAAAUCUUGAAGCCUAGAAUGGUCAGCACUUCCAACUUGUUGUUUGACAGUGUUAUUUAUGUUAUUUAUAUUAGCUAACAGGAAGAAACUACUGUGUUUCAACAUAAUAAAUAUAAUAGAAAAAUA